AAUACGUGUCCACGAUCUCCGCUAUGCGUGCACCGUCUCCAAGGCCAUGCCACACCUGCUCCACCCCGGAAGCAGCGGCAGCAGCAGCAGCAGCAGCAGCAGCAGCAGCAGGUAGGGGAGGAGGGACGUCUAGAGCAGGGUAGCGGCUCAGUCCGCGUGUGCUCGGCUGGGCGCCAACAUGAGAGGCUGGCAGACAGUGUGUGUUGUGGCUGUGGUCCUGACAGCGGCAGAGGUGGGACAAUGCAGAACCCUAGCGGCCCAAAUACUGCAGUACACUGAGGCAGGACACUCCAGGAAUGAGGCGGGUGUUCCUGGCAACAAUGUCACUGGAGGGUGGAGCUGGGUGGACCAUCACGGGCAGCAACACCACAUCUGGUACGUGGCUGACACCAGGGGCUUCAGGGCCUUUGGGGACUUGGUACCAAAAGCCACCAAGCCCAUGAAUGUUGGUGUUCCUGUUGUGGUGGCUAUUCCACUUGUCUCCAUACAAGAGAAGACAACUAAAACUUCUGAUGUUCCUCAGCCAGAGGAAAAACCUAGGGCAGAAAGAAAUCUAACCCCAGAGUCUUCACAAGGAAUUGGUCAGGAUAAGGGAAUGAAGACGGACUCUGCUGCCAUAAAUGCAGAAGCUGAAGUACCAACUUUACCGCCAGUGACAAGCACCACGACUGACAUCUUAGAUUUUGAUACCGCACUAUUGAAAGAUGUUACGGAACAGCCAGAAAUGAUAGCCAGUGCUGGAGAGGGGAGUGAGGACACCAUUAUCACCACCACCACUACUACCACAACCUCCACCACUACUACUUCCACCACUACCACUGCCACUCCUGCCAACACUGCUACAAGCAUUCCAGAAGCAGCUUCACAGAUUCCAGUCACAAGUUCAACGCCCUGCACCGCAACUGAACCUAUUGAAGAGCUUCCAGUUCCUCAGCCAUUAAUAGAUGAUAAGAAACAUGGAUCCCCUAAAAGCCUGUCACCUCCUGAAUCAGGCUCUCCUGAUGGAAAAACACCAGAUCAGUUACCAGAUGCCAGCUUUCAUUCAUCCAAACAAAGUACUGUUACACCAUCAGAUAAUAACUUUGUAGCAUCGGUAUUCAAUAAACUCAGUACAGCACUAGGAGCCCCUGAUGACAACAUGCAAAAGCCUCGCCUGCACCAAGAACCACAAAAUGGUUUAGAAAGCAUCACUCCUGAUCCUGAGCAACACUCCACUUCAGACUUUGUGUUAAUUAAUCGCCUACGAGCACCCACCAUUCCAAAGCCCCGGGUCGGUAGCCAGCAGCUGGUGCCCAAGCCUGUCAAUGUGAUGGGACGGACAGACUCUGUUGUGAUGGGGCUUCACUCUUCAGGCAGGCCUUCCACUUUACGCCCCCUGAUUCACACUACUGAAGAACUCCAACCAUUGGGCAUUCACUUGCUAAAUUUGGUGCCACUUCCAAAGAAGACUGCAAGCGGCAACAGACCAGUUCCACGGCCAGUGCGGGUAGUUGGUGAACCAAAUUUGGAUAAUUUUUGGCGACCAGCGGGUCUGGCACGGACAACAGUCACCCCCUUCAGGCAACCACGCCCAAGCCGAGACUACGAUUAUCACUAUUAUGAUUAUUAUGAUUAUAAUGAUUACAGAGGGGAAAAUACGGGAGGGCCAGUGACUCCAACUCACAAAACUAAAUCCAAGACUGUUCGCAGUAACAGCGAAGAAUAUUCUUUAGAAACAGACUACUCAGAUAGUGAAGAGAGUGAGGACACUAGUGAUAAUCAGUAAUGCAUUUCUGUUUUAAGAAGGCAAUACUACAUACUGGGUAUAAGUAGUGAGUGCUCCACUGCAGCUCUUGAUGAAGUGCUAUCCAAGAAUGAAAAAGAAAAGCAGUGAUCCUGGGGAGGGAGUACCAGGGGACAAGCAGCAGGAAGCAAAGGAGUUUGGCAGCAAAGAGAAGUUGGGAGAUAUGAACAAUCACACCAAAUUGAGGCUUCAGCCUCAAUGAAGUCAUUUUCUUUAGUUUCAUGUAAAUAAACACUGUCAUUAAAAUAAAAAUUGUUUGUGAGCUCUGAACAUCUGUUUCAAAAAUCAACCAGUAGAUGCUCAACAGAACCAAGCACUAGGUGCAUUAUUGUGCUGUGUGGGCAUGAUCAAAACAGAGUUUUGUAUUUUAAGCAUAAGAAAUUUAAUAUAAAAAUUCAAUGUAUGUGAGUAAAUUCAAUAUACACAUAUAAGUAUGCAUCAGAGUAAGAAUAUGACAGUAAGACCUGAAACAAUCAACCUUAAUGUGAGAAUGACUCAUAACAUGAGCUUAGUUAAUACCAACAACUUUUCCCAAGUUUAAUUAAGAGGUGAAGGUAAUUCAUGGCUUGUCAGACAGCAAUGAUGUGAGGACACCAAGUCCCACUCAUAGCAACAGUAUAUGGCUACAGUGACUGGUCUGGAAAGGAUUGGUGCUUGAUGGUGGCAAUAAUUCAAUACUAUGAGGCCACACUAAUCAUUACCUCUGGAGAGGCCUGGCUGCUUUCACUCAAGAGAAAGAAGAAUAGGAUCAGAGAGGUUUACCUCAAAAGUGCCACCAUCCAGAAAAGGCCCAAGGGGUUCCCAGACAGCCAGUUGUAAGGAGGAUACACAGAACUCUUAAGGAGCUUCAAUGAAAGACUGUCACUCCAUCCUGGCAACUCUGAAAGACUCCACAGCUUGGUGCACCCACUACUAAGCUAAGGUUUAGUGCCAAUUGAUAUUCAAUCAACACAUUUCAAAACAUUUUCCUGGAAGCAAAUCAGGGAUACGUACAGUCAAGGUUCUGCACUGCCAGAGUGUAUUGGUGAGGAGGAUUGUUUCAUUUGAAUACCAAUAACUUUAUGGAGUACUGUUUUAAUGUAGGAGGAUUGUGAAGGUAUUCAUGAGUAAUAUCUUGUCACUCAUACAACAUUUCAUAAACUUUCUACUGAGAUGAACAGAUACUUUAAUUUAUGAUUAGGUAUGUUGCAAUGUGCUAUUUUUAAGCAACUAGGCUAUACUUUUUUUGCUGAUGUAAAUAAAAACAUAUGAAUAGAGUCCUUGCAUGGCUAUGUGUACUGUAUAUAAUAACCUGCUCAGGACAAAACCAUAAUUGAAAAUGUAUUAAGCUGUAAGUCAACAUGGUCCCAUGUAUGUUGUUUGAAAAGAAUUACUUUACUUUUUUCUCAGCUGCCUCCUUUGUGCAAAUAUCAACCGAGCUGAAUCAUGUUAUUAAAAUAUGUACUGUAUGUCAAAUUUUACCAUAUGUACAUUAUUCUUUCUAGCCUCAAGUACAGUGCCAAGAUAAAUUUGAUAAAUUGAGCACUGUAACUAAAUCAACAAGUGUGUGUGUGUGUGUGUAUAUAUAUA